CACGAACGGAAGCGGAAGUGCCGGUGGCGCGCGAGUAGGAAGUGUGAUUCCUGGAGUGGCGAUGGCCGCGCUUGCUCCGCUGCCCCCGCUCCCCCCACAAUUUAAGAGCAUACAGCAUCAUCUGAGGACGGCUCAGGAGCAUGACAAGCGGGACCCUGUGGUGGCCUAUUACUGUCGUUUAUAUGCGAUGCAAACUGGAAUGAAGAUUGAUAGUAAAACUCCUGAAUGUCGUAAAUUUUUAUCAAAGCUAAUGGAUCAGUUAGAAGCUCUUAAGAAACAGUUGGGUGAUAAUGAAGCUAUUACUCAAGAAAUAGUUGGUUCUGCCUAUUUGGAGAAUUAUGCUUUGAAAAUGUUUUUGUAUGCAGAUAAUGAAGAUCGUGCUGGACAAUUUCACAAAAACAUGAUCAAGUCCUUCUAUACUGCAAGUCUUUUAAUAGAUGUCAUAACAGUGUUUGGAGAACUCACCGAUGAAAAUGUGAAACACAGAAAAUAUGCAAGAUGGAAGGCAACAUAUAUCCAUAAUUGUUUAAAGAAUGGAGAAACUCCUCAAGCAGGGCCUGUUGGAAUUGAAGAAGACAAUGAUGUUGAAGAAAAUGAAGAUGCUGGAGCAACUGCUCUGCCCAUGCAGCCACCACAGCCAUCAACUUCAGCUUAUGACCCAAGCAACAUGCCAUCAAGCAGCUAUAGUGGAAUACAGAUUCCUCCCGGUGCCCAUGCUCCAGCUAAUACGCCAGCGGAAGUGCCUCACAGCACAGGUGUAACAAGUAAUACUAUCCAACCUACUCCACAGACUAUUCCAGCCAUUGACCCUGCACUUUUCAGUACAGUUUCCCAGGGGGAUAUCCGUCUAACAGCAGAGGACUUUGCUAGAGCUCAGAAAUACUGCAAAUACGCUGGCAGUGCUUUGCAGUAUGAAGACGUCAGCACUGCUGUACAGAAUCUGCAGAAGGCCCUUAAGUUACUGACUACAGGCAGAGAAUGAAGCCUUUGUACAGCAGAUACAUGCAUUUUUGGCUUAAAGAACUAACAAUCCAUUACUCUGUCUUCAGCCUGUCAGGAGCACAAUUUUAAGGAAGACUUCAGUUCUACUGACUGUAACAAUGAAAUCUGUGUCUGUGUGUCAGAUGCCUGUUGAAGCAUUCAUCAGCAGCCUCAACCAGUUUUCAUUGUCCAUUUAGUGAUCCAUUAAUCUCUGGGUAGAUAGGGCAGAUGUUAGCAACAUCCUAAAAGUGCCGAUAGAACCCUACACCAGAAAAUGAAAACACAUUUCCAUAAAAUAUAUUGGGAAUAAGCUUUGUAUCAUAAUUUACAUAACUUGAAUUUGUUGAAUCUAUAAUUUGGACAGACAGUAUUACUUUGCUAUAAAAUUCCAAAUUUAACUUUUAAUAAAGAUUGCCACAAUAUUACAGAUAAGAAAUCACCUUUUUGUUUUCCUCAGUACUUAAAAAACAAAUACAAACAUCCUAAACUGUUAGAUGAGUCUGAAAGAGAUCAUAUUCAAAAUAAAAUUUAUAUCCAUGUUAUAACUAUAUUAAAAGUUUAAAAUUUUCAUAGAAGGAAAUAUAAGGUAAAAGAGGUAGAAUCACUUUUAGACUUGAGAAUAAUGUUGGGUUCCCAACUAGUUUCCCUUAUCCACUAAAGCUUAAUGUGAAUUGGUAUUUGCUUCAUUGGCAGUUUGACUGCAUGUAUUAGAGAAUGAAAAAAGACAUUUGUAGUAAUGCCUGGAAACUUGGUGCUUUAAGUUAAAGGUUCUCCUCUGCUGCUAUGGAAUGGAUUCCAUAGAGUGUAUAACUACGAAUGAUCCUGACGAUUGUAAGAGUUUAGAUUCUCAGUUGUUAAGUUUUUAAGUUUUGUGGGGAAUUACGGACUUAACUGUGUCAACUGCGUUUGUGCUGUGAAAAAAUAAAUAUGAGGAUUCUUUUAACUAGUUCAGCUUAUUACAGAGACAGGUGUCUGUUUUGAUUUGCAUACUAGAAUUGUCAUUUUUAUAAGUCACUAUUUUUAGUUACAGGAAUAUGUUCGUUUGUUCUACUGAGACUGAAGUCCUUUAACAUAGGAGUACAUAAACUGGUUGAUGGGCUGGCCACCUGUUGAGUAAAUAAAGGUUUAUUGAAACAAAACCAUCCCAUUCAUUUAUGUUUUGUCCAUGACUGUAGAAUUACAUGACCAUCAAAUCUAAAAUAUUUACUGUUGAGCCCUUUAAGAAAAAAUUUGCUGACCCUUUGUUCUAACAAUAGAAAAGUGGGAAGGAUGAUCUUUUAGAGUUAUAAGAGGUCAGUAUAGUUCAGCAAAUUUUAAAUUCAAAUCUUAACAUGUCUGUACACUAAAAAGAAAAGUGUCACCUCCCAAGAUAUACCCUAUCUUGUUGCUGUAAUUGGAUGAGCACAUGUAGGGAAGAUAGUGUGGAAACCCCAGAGUCCACUAAUAAAGGGGCUCUGGUGUAAUAGCCCGUAUCUGUAAAGUGAAAGCAACACCACUAACCACCUUCAGAGUUCAUUAUGAGGACUAAAUGAGAUGCUAUACAUGAUAAGCACAGCAAGUGUUAGCAUUCCAUGACUGUGUAUAGUUGUUAAUAUUUUUUUAAAAAUUGUUAAUAAUAAUUUAUUUCCUGAAUAUUAGGAAAUUCCAGUUGUUUCUGUGGCCUAUUGCUUAAAAUUACAUUCUUGUCUGAUGGGAUUGAACUCUAAUGAUUCUUUAACUUUUGUAUUUCUACAUAUAAUAUCUGACAAGAUAUAGUUAGAAAUUUUCUAACAGUAAAUAAGGAAUUUUCACUUAGUAGUUCAGCAUGUAUUUAUUGAGCAGCUGUGUUCCUGAUAGCAUCCUUUGCAUGAGGAAACAGUGGAAAACAAGAAAAAAAAAUCCAUGCUUCAUAGAGUUUAUGUUCUAGAGGGGAGUAAACAGACAAACUUCAUAAAAACUAUCAUAUGCAGCCAGUGGUUUUCAAAGGCUAAUUGUUAUAAAUGUAAGUCUCAGAUUCUACCUCAGUCCUACCCACUCGGAAAGUAAGGGAGGGUGGAGCCAAGCAUUCUGAGUUUUAAGAAGCACUUAAGGUAGUCUGGUGGUUCCUAGAACUGUUAUGGUUUAUCCCUACUUUAAUCAGAAAGAGUGAAAGUCUGUGAGAAGAGAUUCCCCUGAAGAAGUGGUUCUCAAAGUAUGGUCCCUAGACCCCCAGUAUCAGCAUUAUCUGGGAACUCAAAAGUUCUGGUGACUGCACUUAGGAACUUCUGUAUUAAAUAGUGAUAAAUGCUAUGGACAAAACUGGAGUAUGGAAUAGAAAAUGUCUAGGUGUGUGUAGACAUGAGUAUUUAAAUAGGCUAGUCAGGACAGGCCUCACUGAGGACAUUGAGAGAAGAAAGUAAAAUGGAACAAAAGUAUUCCUGGUAGAGGGCAGUAGAUAAGAUGUCAAGAGAGUGUAAGCAAGGAGGGCUGAUAAGCUAGAAUGCUUAGGAACAUGGAGGCUUUUUGUUGAGAUACUUGUACUUUGAGCAAGAUGGGGAGCCACAGAGUUUGAACAGAAGUGUAGCCUGAUGUGACUUGACUUUUUAAAAGUAUCCACUUGUGGUUACUGUGUUGACUAGAGCAUAAGGUGGCCAUGGGUGGAAGCUAGACCAGUUAACACCAUGUUGUGAUGAUUGGGAUGUUACUGAUGGCUUAUGUCAGGGGUAGCAGUAGAUAUAAUUUAUCUCUGGCUAUGUUUUCUAUAAGUGGAGCAAGUAUUUCUGAUAUUGGAUGUGAGGUAUAAGCACAGGAGGAGUAAAGAUACUUCCAAGUUCUUAACCUGAAUACUUGAAGGAAGGAAUAGUCAUCAAAGAGAAAGUUGCCGAGUUCUGCUGGCAUUUAGGCUGAAAGUACUAAGUUCCCAAGUUCCUGUAACCAUCCCAAGUAAAACCAUUUGAUAACAUCGUUUUGUCGAUGUACACAGAGGGAGGAGAAAAAAGUAAGAUAAAAUUCUGUCUACGGUGAUUGUCAGAUACCAAAUAACUGCUGAAGUGGAGCCAGAAGCCAAGGACAGUUUCGUGGUUAGUAUGGCCAAGGAAGGUUUCAGGCUUAAAAAUAACACCAAGACCCCAGUUAUAGGUCUUGAAAAUUAACAUCCUCAGGUGUUCAUAGAAUUCAUCUAUAUAUGACUGUAGUUGUAGAAAUUUGAGGUUACUUUGUAUGCAUUAAUAAGGGACUAAAAGCUAACAACAGUCGCACUCUAAUAGCAUUGUUACCUUCAACUCCAAAAGAAAAUAAAUGACCAGGGGUUGAAAGGUUUUGUUUACCUGCACAGCUUCCUCUCAGUACCCACCACCACCCCCUUCUUUUUUUAAUCUUACUCAUUUUAUGUAUCCAAGCAAUUGGAUCAGAUCACAUGGUUUGGACCAUAAACCUCCACGAGUAGAAAAGUUCUUAAAAGAGAUCACAAAAUUUUAAGACACUCCUCAAACAGAGGUAUGUUUUCCUGGUUGGUUGUGACCUCUGAUGUCCAUGGAAUUCUGAGACUGAAAGUUAUUCUUUGGGGUUACCUACAUAGGACUAAUUACAAGUAAGCAAUACCUUAAGACUAGGAAAUACAAUAGGAAACAUUUGAGUGCUUAUUAAACCCCAGGCAUUCUAAGUAUUUUACAUGUAUUAAUUCACUUAAUCCUGCCGAUGAUCCUGAGCCAUGUGUCGUAUCAUUGUCACUGUUUUACAGAUAAGCAAACAGUCUGAGACUGCUCAGGUAAUACUCAAAAUUUCUAAGCUCAGACUACUUCAUACAAUAACUGUCAUUCAUAUAGGUAAGUCAUCAAUUAAAUUAUUGUUAAGUAAAUGAGAUGUUAUAAGUGAACUCCACAUUAUCAAGGUCAUGGGUCACAAGGUCGCAAUUCCUAUUCUUAGUGGGAGGUGUUAACAGCUAGCUUUUUCUACUAUCUGGGCAGUGUGCUCUAAUUAACUGUGGGUGCUAGGCAGUGAAUACAGGGCAUGAACACACACAUGUUGGAAUCUGUGACCUGACAGCAAAUGGACUUUGAGUCCAGAGAGAAAAUAAGCAAGUUUUGAAUGAGUGAUGCAAUGGAUUAAUAUGUCAUCUUGGAGAGGGUGUCCCACAUUGCUAGGGAGUCCUGGCUUUCCUAGACAUGCCUCUUUCUUUCCUUUUUAUUUUAAAGUAACAAUUUUAAGCAUACAGUGUUUAUUCUAAAACAUUUAUUUUAAAAAUCCAGUUGAUAGCCUUCACCUUCAGGAAGUCAGAUUGGGAUAUGGACUUCUAUGUAAAACUAAUAGCAUUUACAAUUAUUUUCUCAAUUAUAUUUCUACCUGAACGUAUGAGGCAAGCACACCUGUCCCUUACUUGAAAUAUUCCCUAAAGUUUGGGGGGAAAGAUGAUUGUGUAACAAGAGUCCAUGGUACAACUUCCUAAGAGAACUAGCUUCACAGUUCUAAAUAUUAGAAGAUCUAAAAAAUAUUGUUAUCAUUCAUUUGUUCAAAAAUACCAGCAUAUGUAUUGAGCAACCACAGUCAAAGUUUGAUACGAUAGUGCUGUUUUGAAGGUUAUGCUCCAGACCCAAUAUUUCUUCCUGGACAAAGAGGUCUUAAAGAAAAGGUUAAAUUGAAGGUUAACCAGGCAGACAGAGAAGUAGAAGAAGUGAGCAAAAUAAAAGCAUGAGCAACAGCACAGAGGAAAAAAAAGUUGUCAGGAAUUUGAGUAACUCAGAGUGUCUUUGGCAGAUGGCAGAUGGAGAACAAGUGUUGUAAAUAUGAGACUACAUAGUGGAGAGGUUUUAUGGACUGAACUGUUUUCCACCAAACUUCCUACGUAAAGCCCUGCCUCCCGAUGUGACUGUAUUUGGAGAUCGGGUCUUAGGAGGUAGUUAAGAUGAGCUCAUAAGGCUGGGGUCCUAAUCCCAUAGGACUGGUGUUCUUACAGAAGAGGAAGAGACAUCAGAGAUCUGUCCUUCUCUCUCAACCUCUCCCUCCCAUAGAAGGCAACAUCUACAAGCCAGAGAAAGAGGUCUCACCAGAAACUGAGGCUGAAGGCACCCUAGUCUAGGAAUUCUAGCCUCCAGAAUUGUGAGAAAAUAAAUUUCUGUUGCUUAAGCCACCCAGGCUAUGGUGUUUUGUUAUGGCAACCCAAACAGACUAAAAUGGGAGGCAAGAAGUUGAAGGCAUUGAUAGCCCUGUCAAAGAAUUGGUAUUUUCACUCUGAAAGUGAUGGAAAGUAUGCAUUUCAAUUCUUAAUUUCCUUUAAAGCAUGACUCUAUUUUCACUAAAAAAGAAAUAUUUAUCUGUGUAUCUCUAUGAAAGCUUUGACACCUUCAGACACACUCUUAACCAUAUCAGUCGCCUGCUUUAUUGGAAACUAUGGAAUUGUCUUUGUCUUUUUGACCUCUCUGUUAUGGUAUUUGUGUUGUGGUGCAGGAGACAUUCAGAGUCCCUUAAAAAGGAAGAAGGACAUUUAGGUUUUAUUGUGCCAUGCUUCUAUACUUUCUGUAUAAAACUAAUAAUACCACCUCUAACCACAGUAACUUGGCAAAAUUACUAUUUACCUUCUCACUUUAUGUAUCAUGUAACUUAAACUUGGCUUUUAUGUAUCUUCCUUAUGAGAUGCUAAGUUCCUUGAUGGUAAGAGCUAUUUCUAUGUCUGUGAAUCCCUAGUACUUUGCAUGAUGCCUGAUGCAGCCUAAGUAUCCCUAACUGGAAAUUAAUAGAUAAAUGGGUGAAAGAAUAAAGAAAUUAUGCUGGUGUCAUCAAAUAAAUGCUUAUGUUCAGAAAUCUAUGUUCUCUAAUACUGUAGUGUGAGAUAAAAUUACAAUUGCAUCAUAAAGUUCUGAAAUGAUUUGUUAA